GCUAAAGUGGUUUUCGGUUCGUAUUGUAAACAAAGUCACGCAGGUUAAAAGCAAAGAUCAAUUUGGAGUUCGCAACACAUAUGAACAGUAGAACACUACAUAGCUGUAUGCUGGUACUCUUAUCGAAGUCGGCUCCUGUCUAGAUAUGUAUGGAAAUCGCACAACUGCAACAUAUAUCAUUCUACUUGAAACAAGCAGUCUAGACGCCGUUGUUUCUUCUUCUUGACUACUAAAAGAACAACAUGCGUUUACAGCAAGUAAUUACCGGCGCUUGCAAUGGGAAGCCAUAUGCGACGACUACCGGACGUUUCAGAGAUACCUCCUUCGUUGUUUAUUGCAAAGCAAUGGACGUGGUGAUCAUGUACGGAGAUACUUUCAAUCUACAUCAAGUUAUCGGACAACCCAAAGAUAUCGAUUGCCCUGCGGAAUGUGUAGCUUGGGACACUACAAGCAGUCGCAUUGCUGUUACGUAUGGCAAUUCUGUGCUCGUGUACGAGCCCAAGUUUUGCGCAGAGCUGUCCGGCAAGCAUCCGUACAGAUGGGUAAACAUUUUGCGUCUGAAGCAUGAGACACCAGUGCACGUGGUUUCGUGGGGACGUUCUGGUCGUAUGCUGUCAACCGGCAGUGACUCGCUGCGAGUGUUUUCUCGACCGGAGGAGGAUAUUCUGGCUUUGGAGACCGCUAGGGCUUUCAGCUCGUUGCUUACGAAGGACGGUACAAAAGGCAGUCUACAUGACGAUAGUGAGGAUGAUCUAGAAGAUGACUUCUGGGGCGAAAAGGCUAAAGCACGGGCACUCAAGCAGCAAGCGGACAAGGAAGAGGAGCAGGAGCGACCCAAGGAAGAGAAGAUUUCGGAUGGAACACCCGAUGUUAAGUUCCGUCUUAAAGUUAUCGUGGAUAUACCUAUGGCGAGGCCUGUGUAUCACUUGAGGUUCUCGCCCGAUGGCAAAUUUCUAGCAUCAGCUGGCAUGUUUGACCGUCUGGUGAAAGUGUGGUGGCGAAGAGAGGGCCUUCUGAAGGCCACGCCGCAGCCGAGUGCGCAUGACGAUGCAACUGGGAUGUCCUCAUUAGCGAACGAGAAGCUUUGGUGGACCUUCUCAUACUUACCCCACCCACGUGCCGUGACCGGUCUUCAAUGGAGAGAACCGAGUCCACUCUCAUAUAGAAGAUUUCAAAAUGCAGCCGUUCUGAUGACAUCAUGUUGCGACCGAGUAAGUCGAGUGUGGGUAGGGAAUUGUGGUUGGACAAGCGAUGUCCUUAGGUUCCACCUGGCUGCUGUUGUUCAGCCGAAAAUAAUUAUUUCCCAAGAUCAAACUCAAGCCGUAUAUGCGUCAACGAGCAGUGACACAGAUGACGGGACUGUACUGCAACCGCAACACGACAAGGACUACAAUUCACAGGAGAGCUAUGCGGCCGUCAAUUGGUUGCCGGGACCACUACUCUGUUUGAGCACGAGAGACUCUUCGUUUGAUCUGGAAAGGGAACUGGCACUGGACAGAUCACGCGCUAAGAAAUUCUCGCGCGAUCUACUGGGUCAUUCCAAACCAACCUGGAAAAGUGCUGCUAAGGACGCUGCCGCUCUUGCUGCUGUUGCUGCCGACAACCAUCACUACACACACACCUGUCGGGCGUUGCAGGAUUAUGCCUUUGCGUUUGAAGAUGACGGCGCUUUUGUCGUUUGGAAAAUUGAAGGUGUUGAUUCACAACCUAGAUGCAUACCACAGGUGUCCUUGGUGGCCCGAAUGGUGGAUGCACUACCAGCUCAUCAAGCCAAACGGAUUGCAUACGAAGUGCUAGCGAUUUUUGGCGCAGACAGCUACAAUAAAGGUGGCAGCUCGGAAGACUCUCAAAAAGAUGCAACUUCAUCAGCGGUGCAAAGGACAAACUUGAAAGAAGGAGGCGAUCCGUGCACACCUACCGAAAUUGCUCUUAUCGCUAGGGGUUCUGACGGCUCCAUCUCACGCUGGAAACUCUUGAUACUCAAUACCAAUGAUCAAUUAUCCUUUAUUGGGUUGGAGUUUGACACAAUUUGUAGUGGACACACGGUACAAAUCUCCCAUAUCAAGUCACAUCCCGAGAAACCCAUUCUGUUGAGUAUGGGAACGGAGAAGUACCGCGAUCGGUCAGAGCUCAUUGUUUGGGCCACGAGACCUGUCAGAGUCAUGGAGGGCAAUCUCAAACCACUUGUCAGGAUCGCUCUCGUUAAGGCUAAAGGAAUAUGGGACCCGGCCUUAAUGUCCUGGUUCCCUCAUCAGCCCGCUUUCGUGGCUAUUAUUGAAGGAUCUUUGGGAGUUUGGUGCAUACGCACAAAUGAAAGUGCUGGUCAGAGUGUUGAGAAUAAAAGUACGAUGGCCGAUGAUGCUUUGCAAGAUGAAGAAAUGGGAGAGGCAUCUGGCUCAAUGACACGUGUUAGUCACAAGAGUAUAGACAGCGGUAGCAGAUUCGCCCGCGAUGUGAUUAGUCUGCACGUAUUCGGAGUAGCGGAUGACGAGGAGAAAGGCGAGGCUGAGAGAAGUGGAGACAAAUCAAUUCGAUACUAUCUUGUUGGACUGCUUAAGGACGGCAGGAGCGCACUAGUGUGGCUGCUACGCUUAGGGGAGGACAUGACCGUUAUUGAAUCGAAGGUCAUUGGUGAUAAACCAUACGAAUUGGGACUGCCGGAGGGUGUGUCUAUAUCUUACUUAACGAGACCUUUCACAACCAGACUGCAACACACAUCAGACAACACGGGGACACAGAGCGAGGGCGGGCAAGACUCGCUGCUAUUAGUAAGCGGGUGCACUGAUGGUAUUAUGCGAAUGUGGCACUGUCUCAUCAAUCGGGCUGGUCAGGGCUCAGACAAUGAUGCCGGUGGAGAACCUUUAGUGACGUGGUUGCAACUGAUUGCGACGCAACCGGUAGAUGAAAAUCGCACGGGUUAUCUCACUGCCAAGGCUGCGUCUCCUGUGCGGGUGGCAACUAAGUGGAAGAACAGCAACACAAUACGAGUUUGGGAAUGCGUUAGUACAGGCGGCUACGAAUCUAGACUGGAAUCUACACUAACUUUUCCUGAUAGUGAGCCCGUGUUCUCGUUUGAUUGGAUGGAUGCGGGUGAUGGUGGGUCUCCGGUUCUGGCAGUGGGCGCUGGAGUGCGAAUGCAUCUGUACACUCAGUUCACCAGCGACGUGUUCCAACCGUCAGGCGUUGAAUUCAGAGAGAUGCAUAGUUUCAGACUCGACUGUGUAACCCCAGGGGAAGGUGAAGGGACCAUCCAACCUAUGUCUUUCCGAUGGACUCAAGAUGGUAGCUUUGUAGUAGGAUUCGCAGAUCGAAUGAUGGUCUUCAGCAAAUGGCUAUUGAACUCGGAGGUGGAACGAUUUGUUCGUAGCCAAGUUAUAUCCCCAGGCUUAUAUUUCAAUCCAUCGCAAGUGCCAGGGUCUGUGUUUGAGCUAGCAAACGCGUGCGAGCGUCCACUACCACAAUAUCAUCCCAGGCAGCUCCAUCAGCUCAUCAUGACAAACAAGUUCAGGACGGCUGUCGAUGUUGUGCUCUUCUUCGGCACAGAACUGAGGCGUCUAAAGAAGAAAUUUGAAGACGAUAUGGAGAGAGACAUUGAUGAUGUUUCUUUGGAUAUGAUUACUGGGUCUGGCGACUCAUUGCAGAAGCGAGCGAAGCUGGUGGUCGAAUGCGCGCCGUUCUUGCCAAUCGCUAAAUGGGGCAGAAUGGACUCAGCGACCUCUGACGAUAUAGCACAGACAGGCCUGGAAAGGGAAGAUGAUUACGAAGAACUUUUCACAAUGGAUCUUGGAGACGAUGAUGAUGCACCCUAUGCUCUGGGUCAGGGCAAAAAAGGGAAGCAAAGAAAGAUUACAAUGCCAGAGAUCAUCAAUCUGCUAAGGGAAAUGGAUUUACCACUGAUUACGGAGCGAGAGCAGGUGGAAGUGAUUGCCAUCGUCGAGACUAUCAAGACCGCGAUAGACAUAACUGGUGGUUUGGACAUGUGUGGGUUCAGAGCCUUUUGUUCAAUCAAGCUAUGGUCAUAUAUGCGAUCGACUGAUCCAAAACUAGAAAAAUCGCAUGUGACUGCCACUGAUGCCUUCUGGGCGUUACAUUCGGAAUCUCAGGAGACCAUCUUGGAGUUGGCUCUUUCGCAUGGCCUGAUAAAACUUAAUUGGCAAGAUUUGCGUGCAAUAAGGUUUGGCUUGUUCAUAAAGAGUCCAAAUACCUUGAAAAAUUACAUGGAAACUCUGGCUCGUAAUCAAUUCGCUGAAUCACGGGAUCCACUUGAUGUUGCGCUAUGGUACAUAGCCUUGAAGAAACAAUCCCUACUUGCCAAUCUCUUUAAAUCAAUCAGCAACCAAAGGAUGUACGCUUUCUUCUCCAACGACUUCGCGGAGGAUCGAUGGAGCACCGCCGCAGAAAAGAAUGCUUAUGUACUUCUUGGGCAACAACGCUUCGUCCACGCUGCUGCUUUCUUUCUGCUAUCGGGGAACAUCAGAGAUGCUGCAUCUGUUUGCGUAAAACACCUACACGACAUGCAGAUGGCUGUGGUGACUGUGCGCUUAUAUGAGGGUGACAAUGGUGAAACGAUGCGAUGGCUAUUCACUGAACACUUCCUACCGCGAUAUGAAAGCGAAAAGAACAUUGCGAUGCAAAGCAUCGGACACUGGCUUCUCAAAGACUAUCCAGAGGCCCUGCGCUGCUUGUUCAACGAACCUUGGCAUCGCACGGUGGAUACCCCAAAUAAGGAUUCGUCUCGCUCUCCGUCGCCUUAUAAUGAUGUAGACGACACCAAAAGUUCAGCCGGGGAAAGUAUAAGUCACAUGAGAGCCAUGCAAGCAUUCGGCAGCACCGUGAGAAACAAUCAGGAUUUGGCGCAUAAGACAGCAGCUGCAUCUGGCAUGGUCAACCUCACUAUCAAAGCCUCGUUGGGCCGAUAUGACGAGUGGUAUAAUCCUAUCAUCACCAAUUGCGCCCUAUAUCUACGCGGCCAUACACUUUUGCAGAAUGUAACACUGAACAGAGAGAAAGUUAUACGACGUGUUGCCGAAGCGAUGUAUUCAGAGCUACAUACAGGAUGUAUGAUGGUGGCGAUUGAAACUUUGUCUGUGCUAAGAGAUGGCGCGGAAGAUCUAUGUCUCGCUCCUGCGGGCCGCGAGCUCAAAGUUAUGGACGAGGAGACACUCGCUAAGCAAGCGGCGACGUCGAUUUCCACGGUCAAAAAAGUAGUAGCACCGAAUGCCUUUGAAUUUGACAUGGGUGCAUUCGGUGGCUUCGAUGAUUUUGCGGAGGAAGAGGAAGAAGAGAUGGAAGAGGUGGAAGAGAUUAUCGCAGAAGAGAAAUCGGACGAUGUCCACGAUGUCACACAGAAUAUUGUAUGCGAUAUACUUGGGAUCUCUGUCGCGCACCAGAUUGGUCUCCGUUUAUUGAUUCGCUCUAUGGAACAAAUGCGGAGUACUGCGAGCUGGACUAUAGUAAGUCCAUACGUGAGAGCAGAGGCCCAGAUGCUCAAGGACAGUUAUGGGGUAGUAGGGCAUGGAGCAGACUCGGCGGACAAGGCUGGAGCUGAAGCAUUACUUGAUGCUCUGUCAUUUUACUAUCGCAUGCAUGAUGAUUUGACCAUAGAAAUCAAGAUGCUGGGCGUGCUUGGAUAUUACAAUCAGAUACUGUUUCAGCUGCAAGAUCAAUCACGCAAUCUAGUUCUAGGUAUCCCACAUGCUACCUAUAUGCGUCGUCCGAUCUCGCGGGAGGCAGGCGCUACUAAACAUAAAUUCAAUGAAUCUGACGCUCCCAGCAUCACUGUGUCGGAAGUCGAUGUGCUGUCUAAGAAAAAUGUGAAUCAGAUAGAUAUGACUGCUGCUGCCACACUGCUUGCCGAUACGGAUGACGUGCCUUCCGCGUAUCUCUUGCACGUUUUCGAAAAAACCUCAUAUACGAUUUCGGACAGCGUCUUCCAACUGCUAUCGAAUUCGGCACUUCUUCCUAAACAUGAACAAAUGAGUGAGCGGUUGCUAUCCCUGCGACUUCUUGGGGAGAGUUUUCUUGUAGUCUAUGCCGGUCUAUUCGUUUCAUCAUGGUGGAGUCGGGGCUUAGAUUUGAUGCAAGAUUUGCUGGUAAAUGUACCCAGUCAAGGCCUCUUCAGAGAAGUAUUCGAAAACAAAGGAAACCCCAAGAAGAAACGGUUCAAAAAGAAUCGCUCUCACAAUCCAGCAGAGGCCGCAAAUUCGGGGCUGUCGCAUUCUGGGUUGAAGCUCGCUCAGGUACCCAUGGACCCUGAUAAAAAGCCAACUUUCGAUCUCAGACCAGUAUUGAUGACGAAAUACUUUCUGAGACAGAUAGACUUCAACGAUUUUAGCGAUGCUGGAUACGGAUCAGACGACGAUUCAAGCGACGACACUAUGAGUGUUGCGAGUGGUGACAGCAAUAUCUCGGCCAAAUUGUUGGAUGCUGUGUUAAAUGAGGAUAAAAACAAGUUAAAUCCGGAUAAAGUUCGAGAGCGAAAAGAACGAGACGCAUAUGUUUAUGCUGUCUUACGCUUAGCAUGUGUACAUCUGGUUACAGUAAGCAUGCAACGCUUCAUCGUUGACAUGGAGCUGGGCGACAUGGCAGGUUUGUACGAAACAUCGCCACUGUUGUAUAGUCUUCUAGUCGUUUUCGAGGCGUGGGGUGAUCAAGUGCAGGACUAUACAAUGCGACUGCCGGCGCCCAAGAAUAUCCUGAUGCUGGAUGAUUACAAUCGAAAUACGGAACCCGAGUUUCCACAGUCUGCGCAUACUCCGCGUGAAAAUUUCCUGAAUAUCCCCACCUCGUUCGGGGGUGGGUCUUCAGGGGAUUCUACCAAUGUUUCACGAUCAACCAGUGCAGCCAAUUCGCGAUCUGCAUCACCCGCCGGGGGUGCUGGAUGGGAAAGCGAGAAGGAAACAGAAAAAAACCCUUUCACGAAGAAACGCCCGAUCAGGAAAACUAGUAGUCAGCAUAAGCUGACCGCACUUUUAGACCACAAGAAUAAUCCUUUCAGAAAGCACAACCCAGUUUUAAGGAAAUUAUGGUACUAUGUUAUAAGGCAAGAGUCUGUGCGCCCUAUUCUUAUCCGAUUACUUUUUCAUGAAGAAUUCGAACCUGAAGUGCGGGAUCCCGAGCUGGGAGAAGAGUUGUUCCGCGAUACUGAUUCUGUGCGUUCAUUCUGUCUAAAUGGAUUAGACAGUACACAGUUUGCCGUGUGUACAGGUAAGGGAUCGCAUUGGCGCACACCUCAAAAAACUAGUAGCAACCAACGGAUACCGCUAGUAGCUGCAUUGAGGAGAAGAAGCAUGGCAGCCGCGAAUAAGAAUCUGAAACGGGAGCAGAAACAGCAGGAAAGACAGAUUCGCCGUGAAAGGAAUACAGCCAGGGAGGCACAAAACAUGAUAAAAAGGGCGCACCGGGCGGCGCAGAAUAGUGCCAUGGCGAAUGCUAGUUCGUCAGAUGACAUCCGAGGCUUCGCGAAUGACGUAGCAAUUAAAAUAGGGAGUAGCUCAGACAUUGGGGAUUCGAAGGGGCUAUUGCCCGGAUCAGUAGACUCCUUCGCAGACUCAGACGAUGAAAAUGAAUCUGCUAGUCCCAUGACUCGAUCAGCUCGCAGAUCUCCGCAAGGACAUCCCAAUAGCACCCUGAGUCGACACACACACAAAAACACGCUGAAGAUGCACAGAGAGGAAUCUGCGGAAUCGACUGCUUCGGGUGGAUUCGUCUCAUUGGCAUUGGAGCAAGUGCCGCAUUCUGCUACGCCAAGCCUGGCUUUACAACGCAAGAAGGACACAACGCAGAUAAAUGUGCUCGAGGCGCACCCAAAGAUGCCGUACUACUUAGCCGGUUCAAUUGAUGGACGUGUACAGAUGUAUCUUUUCAGCCAGGAAGGUGCACAAUAUGAGUUUCAGGGAAUUGGGAAAGCUGCGAUCACGAGUAUCCGCUUCGACAUGUUUGGAAACAAGUUCGGGGCCUGUGAUCAGAAAGGGAAAUUCGGCAUGUGGCGAUUCGGGGCCGAAGCGCAGUAUCACGCACCAUUGCGCACGGUGCAAGCACAUACCAAAUUCGCAACCGAUUUUACAUUCCUCAAUUCCACCUCAUUCGUUGCAACGGGUGGAAGCUCGGUAAAUAGCCGGAAUGUGUGCUUGUGGGACUUCCUUGUUCCCCCUCAAUCAUCCUUAGUGAAGGGCUUUCAGUGCCACACAACUGGCCACUCAACAUCGUUGGCAUAUGCCUCUGGACGACAGGCUCUGCUGUCUGGGGGAAAGAGAGGUGACUUGACGCUCUUUGACAUACGUCAGCGUCGAAUCCUACAUCGCUUUAACGCACAUGAUGGACCAAUUACCAGCAUCGCAGUGGACAAAAGUGAACAAACGAUCUUCACGGGAAGCGCUGACGGUACCGUGCGAAUAUGGGACAUGGACACGCACGAACAAAUGAAUGUUAUGAAUGCGCACAAACGAGAACGCUCAUUCCUGAGCAUGGGCAGUGACUUAGGGGUCAGCGAGGUCAGGUACCACGAUGAUUUCCUCUACACUUGUGGUAGUGAUGGCUCUGUCCGCCGCUGGGGUUGAGUCGCAAAAGUAGAACGCAUUUCGACUUUGAAAGUAGAGUUGAAUAAGAGAAUUUAAAGAUAAUUAAAUACUUGCGUUAAGUGUUCCUAUACACUAUUUAAUGUGUUGUUCCGUUUCUAACAGCGCGACGAGGUGUAGGUGUCGUAAUAGCGAGCUUUGAAGUGUGCGUUGCUGGAUUCAUAUCCAGCUGUGGUCUCGUAAAAAAAUGCUGCUGCGCAUCACACAGACGAACGAUGCAUGGUGGUGCACUGCCCACCAACGGCGAGCUGAUACUUCACGACCACUAUACGGGACGAUAGCAUAUUUUUGAGUAAUGACUCGGCUACUUCUCAAUGCCACGCCUUGCACUGCAUUUCUGUUGAAUAUACCGCGGAUGCUGGGGAAGUCCUACUUGUCCAUAUAUGGCUGAAAACACUGCCCCGCGCUGUACUUCCAGCACAUACGAUUUAUUCUAUCCAAGUCGUCGAAGCGUUGAUGAGUGCUGCAACGGCGUGCUGUGAUUUAUCGCCGAGCGGCCCUAUCGUACCGAAGUCAGAGUUCUAUACAAACAGCAGUUUUCAUGUUAAUGCUCUAAAGCUAAAUCAUCUGCGUUCACUUCAAAAGUAAGUAGCAUAUUGGCGAGAGUGCGAUAUAUAUUAACGGUCAUGAUAGCAUCGAGGAUUCCCUUUUUUCCGUAACUAUUCAGAGUCUCUGUCGUCUCUUUUCCUAGGGCAGUUUUAUCAAACAACUCAUCAGCGCACAUAACCAUUAGUUCAUCCGUCGUACAACGCCAGCUGCCGUCUAUCUUCCGUAUUUCAUCUAAUUCUUGCUGCGUGAUUCCCACCUUCUUCCCUCGAAUAACAUGAUGCUCCCACUCGUACGCACAAUCCAUUCGAAACGCAAUCCGCAGGAUGAGAAGUUCAUGGCAUCUCGGUGGCAGGCUGUUGGAGUUAACGACGUGUUCCCUCAGGGGCCAGUACGCUUUUAAAAGCGCCGGAUGGUUCGCUACUAGACCAUGUAUAUUGAGCAAGGCCCGCGAGCGCCCAAUGAUAUCGUUGGUAGUAUCGUCGAUCUCAUCAAUUUCAGACCUACUUAGAGGACGCAACAUACUGACGAAGCUGCAUCUCUU